AUGGGGAGCGGCCAGACCGAAAGCAGGCCCUUCGAGACUGAACUGUGCGAGGUGUUUGGCCCGGCAAGCCUCAACUUCCACUCAGCAGGAUGCCGGUAUCAAGGGAAGACAACAACAACUGAGCAGAUGCUCUACGACAGUGGGUCUUUGAGGCACGCAGGCAAUGUUGAUCAAGGCGAUACCGUGACCGACUUCCUGCCUAUGGAGAGGCAAAGAGGCAUCACAAUCCAAUCAGCAGCCAUCACAUUCGCCUGGCCUAAGAAGGACCAGCUGCGUUCGGGUGAUCAACAACACACCAUCAACUUGAUUGAUACGCCUGGCCAUGUCGACUUCAGAUUCGAGGUCGAGCGCUGCAUGCCUAUCCUCGAUGGGGCCGUCUGCGUCAUUGACGGAGUUGAGGGUGUCGAAGCCCAUACUGAGAGAGUAUGGUCUUCAGCCCAAGAGUUCAAGAUACCACGCAUCAUCUUCGUCAACAAACUCGACCGCGAAGGCGCUUCUUUCAAGAAGUCUAUCCAAGACAUCGGAUUGAAGCUCAACGGCAUGCCCCUGGUGUGCCAAAUCCCCUGGUGGGGAAAGGAUACGGUGAGGGGUGUAGUCGAUGUCAUUACCGGCAAGGUCGUCAGCUGGGCUGGGACCGAUGAUUCCAGUGAGCAACUGGCUGCCAAAGUGAUCGAGGGCACAAUCAGAUACGAGCUUGAUCGUGCGAGAGAGAAGCUGAUUGAGCUACUCUGCGAGAAGGAUGACGAGCUAUUGGAGCUGUGGACAGAGCACGGAAAGGAUCUUUCAAGCUCAUCUAUCAAAGAAAGCAUUCGUCGUGUCAUCAAUGACGGCGAGGGCUCACUUAUUCCCGUCUUUGCGGGUUCAAGCCUGAAAAACAUUGGGGUUGUGCCAUUGUUGAACGCCGUCAAUGAGUAUCUGCCCAGCCCUCUCGACCGCCCGGAACUUGAGGUACGCGUAGGUCGAACACACCAACCGUUGAGUCAGGCGCUGCAAGGCCCACGAUCGUCUAAGAAGCAGAAAAUACCCAAAGUGGAAUCUUUGGCGGCGGUCUUUAAAGUCGUAAAUGACCCGCGUCGAGGUAUGCUCACAUGGGUGCGUGUGUAUGAGGGGGUUCUCAAGAAGAACACAUCGGUAUGGAAUGCCAAUCUGCAGCAGUUUGAGAGGCCCCUCAACAUGAUGCAGAUCUCAGCAGCGCAGACCGUUGAGAUUCCAUACCUAUCGCCAGGCCAGAUAGGUGCCAUUACAGGUCUCAAGGGUGCCCGGACAGGAGACACAUUGAUGACCUUCGCUUCAGGUAAAGCCCCGCCAGCAGUACUUUCAAGCGUUCAGGUACGGCCACCUGAGAUUCCAUCCGCAGUGGCUUUCAUUGUACUCGACGCCUACAGUCCCACUGGGGCCAAGGCUCUCGAAACCGCCUUAGAGAACGCAUCCCGUGAGGAUCCCAGUCUUCGGUGGUCCAAGGAUGAGAAAACGGAACAGUACACCUUAUCGGGGAUGGGCACGCUUCACCUGGAAGUUGCACGAGAUCGUUUGGAGAACCACUACAAAGCCGAAGCCAUGUGGGGUAACAUUGCCGUUGACUAUAAGGAAAGCCUGACUUCGUCAACGUCUCACCGAGCUGUAUUCGACAAGACCGUGGCAGGCAAAGCUGGAAUGGCAGCCUGCACAGUCGUAGUCGAGCCUCUAGAGCAACACCAUCGGGAAACUCUUCAAGAGUCCUUCUUUGAACGGGACGGGAACAUAGUCCAGGUCGAUUUUCCUGGAGAAAAUCACCCUUUCGACGUCGAGACCGCCAGAUAUCAACUCACGAAUGGUAUAGUCGCAGCACUCGCGAGGGGCCCACGACGCAGCUCUCCAAUGCAUCAGUGCCUGGUCACUGUCACUUUAGAUGCAGAAACUGACUACUUCGGCCCAGCAUCUGGCGCGCAUCUCGCUGGCGCAGCAAACAAGGCAGCCAGGGAAGCCUUAAAGGAGGCCUACCAACAAGGAGGCGUCGUUCUUCUCGAGCCGGUCAUGAAACUCACGAUCAUCUGUCCCGAAUCAGCGGCGGGGGCGGUCCAACACGAUUUGCAUUCUGCUCGCGGCGGUCAUGUCCUCGAAGUGAGGGACAUGCAGGAUGAUUCGGCCAGGGAAGGCAGAGACAUCGACAUUGCGGACAUCUAUGCUCCCCCUGAUCCUUACGAGUUCCAAACCACCCUUCGAGAAACGCGUAAAGGGCGUCUACGUAUGCUCCAGAUCACAGCGCAGGUGCCACUUGCAGAGAUGCUCGACUACGACAACGUCCUUCGCAGCAAGACGGCAGGUCGACAUUCCAUGACCAUGGCCUUGGAUACUUUCGAGAAGAUCAGCGGUCCGAGAGAGAAGGCACUUGGAUGA